UUGAAAAAGUUGUAAUGUUGGUUUGGUGAAUGUUCUGGUCAAUGCUGAUUGUUGUGGCCGGUGCUAACGCCUGCUGCGAAAAUGCUUCUCGACCUCGCCCGGAGGCCCCAGAGCCACCAGCCCGGUAUCUACCGCACGGGAUCCAACUACCUACUGCCUCAUACCCAGCAAGUAGGAACCCGGCAUUCCAGGCCCGCAGAGCACACUUUGAACUUCCACCGCCCGAAGACUCUCAAAAGACAAAAGAAAAUGAAGAUUUAUUCGGACAGGACCCUUCUCUAGGUCCCUAUCCACCGCUAUCGGACCUAAAAGGGUACAAUUUGCCACCACCUCGAAUACCAAGAUACCAAGGUCAAGAAUUUCCCAGAGAAGAAAGUUUGGAAUAUCUGACACCGCGUGGACAAGGCAUUCUAGAUGGUUUAGCUUUAAGAUCCCACUCGUUAGAAUCAAAUAGACUAGGGAUGCAGAACUCCGAUCUCUAUCCAGGGCUUCAACAAAACGGUGGGUACAGACCAUUGAACCCAUGGUAUGGACUACCAGUGCCAACACAACCCAGCUAUCUGCCGGGGCUUCAGCAAGCGCUAAGACCAUUGAACGUGGGGUAUGGAAAGCCAGUGCCAACCGCUUUGGGCCCGUACCCUCAACGAAGGCUGAAGCCGAUGCAAUUCUUUCCAACGCACGUUCAAACGCAGCUCGCACCACUGCGAGAUAUCGAGUCCUCAACAAAGAGCAACAAGGUAGAGAACCUAACCUAA